UGCGGUGACGGCGCCCAGGGCGCGGGCGCGCGCGGCGGGGCUGGGGUGGGCGCUCCCCGCGCAGCGCGCGCGGUGCCCGCUCCCCGCCGGCGCCCGGCCGCCCCGCAGAUAAAUGCGGCGCCGGCCGCGAGCGUGAGCCAGGGCGGGCGAGGCCGGCGCGGACGCCGCCGGGGACCGUGGCGAGCCCCGCGCCCCGCAUCGCCUGCGUCUGCCGCCGCCGCCGCCGCAGCGAGGCGGAGGGAGGGCGCGAGGGGGGCGCGCGCGGUGCGGAGCCCCGCCAGCCUGGGGCGCUGCGUGGAGGCGGCCUUGGCGGACGUCCAGACCCCGGGCUCGGGCACCGCAGCUCGCCGUGCGCGGGACCGGCGGCCGCGGGCGCUCGGCGGCGGGACCGGGCGGCCUCCCGGCGAGCGCGCGGGGGCCAGUGGCCGCGGGUCCGGCGGCCUCGGGGGGGAGGCGGCGCCGCGCCCCGCCGGCCGGCCGAGACGACGGGAAGUUUUAUUGGCAGCUCGGAAGCCGUGGCGGAUGGUGGGACUCUCCGGCCCUGUGCAGUAUCGGACUGAGAAACACUCCACGAUGCCAGACUCACCUGUGGAUGUGAAGACUCCGUCCAGGCUGACUCCUCCCACGAUGCCACCUCCCCCGACAACUCAAGGAGCCCCGAGAACCAGUUCAUUUACACCAACAACGUUAACUAAUGGCACAAGCCAUUCACCCACAGCCUUGAAUGGUGCCCCCUCGCCGCCCAAUGGCUUUAGCAAUGGGCCUUCCUCUUCUUCCUCUUCUUCUCUGGCUAAUCAACAGCUGCCCCCAGCCUGUGGCGCCAGGCAACUCAGUAAACUGAAACGGUUCCUUACUACCCUGCAGCAGUUUGGCAAUGACAUUUCACCAGAGAUAGGAGAGAGAGUCCGCACCCUCGUCCUAGGACUGGUGAACUCUACUUUGACAAUUGAAGAAUUUCAUUCCAAACUGCAAGAAGCUACUAACUUCCCACUGCGACCUUUCGUCAUCCCGUUCUUGAAGGCGAACCUGCCCCUGCUGCAGCGCGAGCUCCUGCACUGCGCGAGGCUGGCCAAGCAGAACCCUGCCCAGUACCUCGCCCAGCACGAGCAGCUGCUUCUGGACGCCAGCACCACCUCCCCUGUGGACUCCUCCGAGCUGCUCCUCGACGUGAACGAGAACGGGAAGAGGCGGACUCCAGACAGAACCAAAGAAAAUGGCUUUGACAGAGAGCCUUUGCACUCAGAACAUCCAAGCAAGCGGCCAUGCACCAUUAGCCCCGGCCAGCGGUACAGUCCAAAUAACGGCUUGUCCUACCAGCCCAAUGGCCUGCCUCACCCCACCCCACCUCCACCUCAGCAUUACCGUUUGGAUGAUAUGGCCAUUGCCCACCACUACAGGGACUCCUAUCGACACCCCAGCCACAGGGACCUCAGGGACAGAAACAGACCUCUGGGGUUGCAUGGCACACGUCAAGAAGAAAUGAUUGAUCACAGGCUAACUGACAGAGAAUGGGCAGAGGAGUGGAAACAUCUUGACCAUCUGUUAAACUGCAUAAUGGACAUGGUGGAGAAGACCCGGCGCUCUCUCACGGUGCUGAGGCGGUGUCAGGAGGCGGACCGGGAGGAGCUGAAUUACUGGAUCCGGCGGUACAGCGACGCUGAGGACUUGAAAAAGGGCGGCGGCAGCAGCAGCAGCCACUCCCGGCAGCAGAGCCCCGUCAACCCGGACCCCGUGGCAUUAGAUGCACAUCGGGAAUUCCUUCACAGGCCUGCUUCUGGAUAUGUGCCAGAGGAGAUCUGGAAGAAAGCUGAGGAGGCCGUCAACGAGGUGAAGCGCCAGGCCAUGACCGAGCUGCAGAAGGCCGUGUCCGAGGCCGAGCGCAAAGCCCACGACAUGAUCACCACCGAGCGGGCCAAGAUGGAGCGCACGGUGGCCGAGGCCAAGCGGCAGGCGGCGGAGGACGCGCUGGCCGUCAUCAAUCAGCAGGAGGACUCCAGCGAGAGUUGCUGGAACUGUGGCCGCAAAGCGAGUGAGACCUGCAGCGGCUGCAACACGGCUCGAUACUGCGGCUCGUUUUGCCAGCACAAAGACUGGGAAAAGCACCACCACAUCUGUGGACAGACCCUGCAGGCCCAGCCGCAGGGGGACACGCCCGCCGUCAGCUCCUCGGUCACGCCCAGCAGCGGGGCCGGGAGCCCGAUGGACACCCCACCAGCAGCCACCCCGAGGUCAACCACCCCGGGGACCCCGUCCACCAUAGAGACGACCCCUCGCUAGAUGUGAACUCCGAACUGUCCAAGGAAACACAACACAACCAACACGAAACCAAUUCUUCAUCCUCAGAUGCUCGAAGUUCUUUUUGUUUGUUUGUUUGUGUGUAGAUGAACUUUCCUAUUGCAGUCCUUGAGCAAGAGAGAACCUACCCGGUAGGAAGACAGAGGGCCAGUCACGGGUCGUAAGGACUUCUUGUGGAUAACAAAGAUAAUCUCCUCCUUAGAGAACUGAAAAGAGAGCAGAGAAUAUAACAUGAAAUGAUAGAUUUGACCUCCUCCCUGUUAUUCGCCAGUAGCUGGGAUUUUAAACUAGAUGACCUCAUUAACCGAUGCUUUACCAAACAGCAAACCAAGAGAUUGCUAAUUGCUGUUGAAAGCAAAAUGCUAAGAUUAAGACACAGUGUUCCUGAUAUACAAUAAUGGGGGGGAAAAGAAAGAAAAAAAAAAAAAAGAGGAAAACCCUCCAGGGCAUGAGCAUUGGCUACAGUGGUAGACGUUUUAACAAGAAGAUGAAUGGCGUCCAUGGGUUGCUAACUGAACUCUGAAGACCCGCUACAAAACACCCAUAUGUGCAGCAUAUUGGAAGGAGAAACAGAUGUUCGUUUUCCCCCCCACCCCCAGUUUCUGAAAAGAAAUAAUAUCCAGGUCAACAGAAUGAAAAAUGAAAGAUGAUUUGCAGUGGGAUGUAUGGAUACAGCAGCAAAAGAAGGGGAAAAAAAGCCCUAAUACAAAAAGCUCCUUUACACACACACACACACACACACACACACACACACACACACACACACACAGGUUAAGAGAUUCAGCCUGCAGUUAAUUAGCAUUCUGGCAGCUCUGACAUCAGCCGGCUGCCCUAACUAACCCAUUCCACGUUUAUUCACUUUUGCGAGACUCCACAGAAUAAGACAUUGGGUCUGUUCCAGCUCAUUCAUUUUUAUAUUGAAAAAAUACUUUUUAAAAAAUGGUGGCUCCAGCUCCAGCCCCUUUCCAAAUUUUCAACCCUGCCCUGUUUAGAUUUUUUAAUUAAAGACGAGUAGUUCUCUUCGUGUGAAAACACUUCUGUCCUGUGAGGUUUCCAAUGGUGUUUUUCUUGUAAAUGUGUUGGACAAAUGUGAAGAUGCAUUGUAGUUUAACCAUACGCCCGCAUUUAGUCUCUUUAUUCCUAGUUGAUGAGAAACCUGUAUCUUUCUAUGCUGCUUUUAUAUCUAUAUGUAUUAGUGAUAUUUCUCUAGUAGUUCGGGUGGGGG